CUUGACUGCUUUUUUCUUGCUCUCUUGUAGCUAGCAUCAAUCUCCAAUAAUGGAGUUCAAGUAUUGUACUAUGUAAUUUGGUGAGGAUAGUAAUGAGAAAGAGCGGGCUUGGACGUUAGCCUAAAAAGUCCCGUGAUUUUCUCCUUUUCUGGGUUUUCACGUAAAAAUAGCUAGUUCAUACAUUUUUAUAUAUUUUAUUUAUGUUUAUACCGAAUCCAUCAUCCUUAAUAUCCGAAGUUUUUGUUGGGCUUCCGGAUCUACGGGACAAAACCUCAACAUUGACGCCGUCUGUGGGAAACAAUUCUAAAAGAUUUAUGUGUUCUCGGUACUGAUACGAAGAUGGAUUGAUUUCCGGGGGAAGAAAGGGUGGGAAUUGAAAUUUCAGAUAUGAUAUAUCCAGAGCCUUGGCUGUAGCAACGUUCCCACCCUAUGAAUAAAGCAGUAUGUGGGUUUCACCACCACGACCAAAAGAUUCACAGGUUUUAAUGUUUACAUCCUUGUUUUGAGACCCAAGUUUGAUCAGACUGAUUGACAUACGAGGAUUAGCUAUCCACUAGACUAGCUAUCUACUGUCACAUGGGAAGCCUGACAAUAGGCCAGCUGGCUGAUUUGAAGAUUCAUGGUUAUCCAAAAAAUAAGCGUUGGCUUCCCGAACGAGAAUUCCCUGAACGACCAAUAGACGAACAACACUCGGGGAAGCCCCAAGAUGCCGCCGGUUACUAUCUCCGGCAGGAUCCUGAGCACAGAAUGGCCGACCAGGCUAUGACAGGCCGCACACAACAAGAAAUAAUCACCCCAAGUCCCAACGUAGCAAGGCCUGAACAGGGGUUUUCGGUCAAACGUGCUCCACAUCCAGGCUCGACCCGAACGCAAGGGAGCACCUGUGAGAACAAGGAUGGAUGGGAGUGUUUGCAAUUGCUUCAACUUUAAAAAAGUGAUUUUUUAAAGUGAUUUUGGGAAAAUUGAUUAAUAGUAAAAGUUGGUAGUGUUUGAGAAAAAAGUGAUUCUGAAAAAGUAAAAGUUGGUAGUCUUUGGUAAAAUAAAUACUUUUUGUGUAAUAGAAAAAGUGAGAAGCAGUUUAAAGCACCC